AUGGAUGCAGUAAACCCGCUCGCACAAGAUGCCAACGUCAACACGGGCUUAAAACAACGCCAUGCAUAUACACGUGAAAGCAAAUCUGUCGCCAUGGAAGGAAGACUUCAUUCUGAUCUAUUCGCGCAAGACCGUUAUAUUCUUGGUGCUGUUCCAAUCAAGAUCAAGCUGGUGAGAUCUAGAGAUCCGUUUUGUUUGGUAUCAUCCGCAGAAGAUCCCAAUUUCAAAGUGGUCAUCGAGGAAUGUUUGUUUCGUGUACGACGAGUUAACGUAGCCCCUAGUAUUAUACUGGCUCAUUCCCAGUCCCUUCAACAAAUCACUGCCAAAUACCCAAUCAACAGGAUCGACUGCAAGGUUGUCUCCGUACCUCGGGGGAAUAUGUCUGGAAACCAACCUAAUAUAUUUCAAGGUGGUUUACCAAAUCGUAUCGUGAUUGGAAUGGUCGACGCGGAUGCCUUUAACGGUACAUAUACGAAGAACCCGUUCAAUUUUAAAAAUUACGAUAUCACAACCAUGGGUCUCACUGUCAACGGAGAGAACUUACCUGGAAAACCACUACAGUUGAAAUUUGGAGUGGACAGUAAUUACAUUUCUGCUUUUCAAACCCUGUACGCCGGCGCACACAAGAUUUUUGAUAAUCAGGGUAAUAGUAUAACGCGUGAAGAAUAUGCAAACGGUUAUACACUGUUUGUGUUUGAUCUCACUCCUGACUUAUGCCUUGGUGAUCAUGUACAACCGAUUAAGAACGGAAAUGUGUCAAUUGAAUGUCGAUUUGGAACACCGUUGGAGACAGCUAUAAAUAUCGUGGUACUUGGUGAAUUUCAAAGUCUUAUCGAAAUUGAUGCGAACCGAAACGUGCUGUGUGAUUUCAACAACUGA